AAAUUCUUUCAAACCCAUUCGCCAAGUCCCGCAAUCGAAGAACUCACUCAAUCACGGAGCGAUGCUUAGCAGUGCGGAAGUGAAGUCAUCACCUUCGAUCACUGAUUUAUUCACGAACAACAAGACUGCUUCCUGCUACAACAUUGAAAGUUUCUAUUUUACAUACGAAAGAGUGUAGAGCAAACUAGGAGUGGGAAACCUGGCGGUUUUGGAGUUAAAGCUUAGAGAGCUUAGCAAGGGUUGCCUUAGUAGGUCAUGACAGCGCUACCCGGUGCUGGGCCAAGGAUUCCUGGCCUACACUCUCAGACCGCAGCGCCAAUCCCCCCACAGCAGCCACAAAGUGCCUUGCGUGAGAUCACAUGUGUCACCCUCUGCAAAGUUGGCCAGGAGACUGUUCAGGACAUUGUGGCACGUACAAUGGACAUCUUCCACAUGCUCCGGGCAACACAGCUUCCGAAUGGAGUCACACAAAAUCAUGUGAUGUACCAGGAGCGCUACAACAAACUCCAGGAGCACCUGCGCCAGCUCACCCUGCUCUUCAAGAAGCUGCGGUUGCUGUAUGAUAAGUGUGGAGAGAUGUGUGGUGUCUCUGACGUCUCUGUUACAGAGUUAAUUCCUUUCGUGGGUGAGGAGCCCUUCAGACCUUCAGACCUUCCGAACGUUGGCAGUUUAGCAAACAAAGAGUACCAGGAAAUCCUCAAGAAGCUAUAUCAGAAGAACCAUGAAUUGAAGCAUAUUAUGGACCAGCUACGAAAUCUCAUUUGGGACAUCAAUUCUAUGCUGGCAAUGAGGAACUAAAAUCCCAACACAAAUCCCAUUGUUUCAGAAACUGACCUCUCCGUCUACAUCAUUGUAAACAAAAACUUUUCAUGUUUUUUAAGUUGUUUCUGCACUGUGUAUAUAUUUUUUUAAUUCUACGUUUACAGAAAAAUUAAAAGAAAAAAAAAGUACAGGGAAGGGGGGGAUUAAUUUGACAGAUCAAUGACUACAUUGCCCAGUAAAUUUGUUCUGACAUUGA